UGCGUUUAGCAUCCCCGCCCACAUAUCGGGAACGCAGUUGCCCAAAAACGAUCCCAAAAGCAAAACCCGAAACAGAUCCAAAAUCGCGAGUCAUUUCUGACUUUAGAGAGAGAAAGAGAGAAGGAGAGAGAGUGAGAGAUGGGGCUGGGGUUGCUGGCUCUCCGAUCUUCAAGAGCUUCUGCACUGAGUCGCUUUUAUAGGGUUCUAGCAUCUCAGAACCCCUGCAAUGGCGUCAGAGGGAUUGUUUCUACACCGGAGCUUCAAAACGCAGAAGCGGCUGCAGCGGCAGCACAACCAGAACCAACACCUGUGAUCCCUCCUCGAACCCCAGUCGCCGGAGCUAGGGUUCAGUUCGCCAACCCGGAAGACGCGAUCGAGGUCUUUGUUGAUGGAUAUCCUGUGAAGAUCCCCAAAGGGUUCACUGUCUUACAGGCUUGUGAGGUGGCUGGAGUUGAUAUUCCUCGUUUCUGUUACCACAGUCGCCUAUCCGUUGCCGGUAAUUGCCGUAUGUGCUUGGUCGAAGUCGAGAAAUCGCCCAAGCCUGUAGCUUCCUGUGCCAUGCCUGCGCUUCCAGGGAUGAAAAUUAAGACGGAUACACCGGUUGCAAAGAAAGCGAGAGAAGGGGUGAUGGAGUUUUUGUUGAUGAAUCAUCCUUUGGACUGUCCAAUUUGUGAUCAGGGUGGAGAAUGCGACCUUCAAGAUCAGUCCAUGGCAUUUGGAUCUGAUCGAGGCCGGUUCACUGAAAUGAAAAGAUCUGUCGUUGAUAAGAAUCUUGGUCCCCUGGUCAAGACAGUUAUGACUCGUUGUAUCCAGUGUACAAGGUGUGUCAGGUUUGCUACUGAGGUUGCUGGCGUUCAGGAUCUUGGCAUGUUAGGCCGUGGAAGUGGAGAGGAAAUUGGUACUUAUGUUGAAAAACUGAUGACAAGUGAACUCUCAGGAAAUGUUAUAGAUAUCUGUCCUGUGGGAGCCCUCACGUCAAAACCUUUUGCUUUCAAAGCUCGUAAUUGGGAGUUAAAGGGCACAGAGAGCAUUGAUGUCACAGAUGCAGUUGGUUCCAACAUCAGAAUUGAUAGUAGAGGUCCAGAGGUCAUGCGCAUUGUCCCACGACUAAAUGAGGAUAUUAAUGAGGAAUGGAUAUCAGAUAAAACACGUUUCUGUUAUGAUGGCUUGAAAAGGCAGAGACUAAAUGACCCUAUGAUUCGUGGCUCUGAUGGACGCUUCAAGGCUGUAAGCUGGCGUGAUGCACUUGCUGUGGUUGCUGAGGUUGUCCACCAAGUUAAGCCUGAGGAAAUUGUUGGUGUUGCUGGUCAGCUUUCUGAUGCAGAAUCCAUGAUGGCACUGAAAGAUUUAUUGAACAAAAUGGGGUCAAACAAUGUUUGGUGUGAAGGAAAUGGAAAUCUCCCUCAAACUGAUUUGCGUUCAGGCUUCCUUUUGAACAGUAACAUUAGUGGUCUUGAGAAGGCCGAUGUUUUUCUUUUGAUUGGUAGCCAGCCAAGGGUAGAAGCUCCAAUGGUGAAUGCAAGAAUUCGUAAGACUGUCCGAGCAACCCAAGCAAAGGUGGGCUAUAUUGGCCCUCCAACUGAUUUUAACUACAAUCAUCAACAUCUGGGUACAGGUCCUCAAACCCUUCUUGAAAUUGCUGAGGGUCGCCAUCCAUUCUGCUCAGUCCUAUUGAAUGCGAAAAAUCCGGCCAUCAUUGUCGGUGCUGGGCUCUUUGAACGCAAGGAUAAGGAUUCAGUUUUCUCUGCUGUUGAAACCAUAGCCAAACUUGGAAAGGUUGUAAGACCUGACUGGAAUGGUCUCAAUGUUCUGCUUCUAAAUGCUGCCCAAGCUGCUGCCCUUGACCUAGGUCUUGUGCCAGAAUCUAGCGACAGCAUCGAGUCUGCGAAGUUCUUAUAUCUCAUGGGUGCUGAUGAUGUGAACUUGGAGAAGCUCCCAGCUGAUGCUUUUGUUGUCUAUCAGGGGCAUCAUGGCGAUCGUAGUGUGUACCGGGCGAAUGUUAUUUUCCCUGCAUCAGCUUUCACUGAGAAGGAAGGGACAUAUGAGAAUACAGAAGGGUGCACACAGCAGACGUUACCAGCUGUCCCCACUGUUGGUGAUGCUAGGGAUGAUUGGAAAAUAAUCAGAGCACUGUCUGAAGUGGCAGGAGUACGGCUACCAUAUGAUACACUUGGGGCAAUUCGGGCUCGUAUUAAGGCUGUGGCACCCAAUCUCUUGCACACGGACGAGAGGGAGCCAGCAAUUGAUUCCACCACAUUGAAACCCGAGUUAUUCCAGAAGAUAAGCAUGGCUCCAUUUGGAACUUCUGUAGAGAACUUCUAUAUGACAGAUUCCAUCACUCGGGCUUCAAAAAUAAUGGCACAAUGCAGUACAAUGCUAUUAAAGAAAUGAAAGCAUUGAAUUGCUUAUUUCUUAAUAAAGGUAUAUAAUUACUUCGAUAUUGCCAGGAUUUUUGGUCCUUAUUUUGGAUUCUUUUGGAAACAGGAACUAUUUUCUGGUGCCAUAAUAGAGUUGUGCUCAUAAAUGGCCGCUUGACUAUUUGUCUCUCUGUUAACUCCUGUAAUUUAAGUUUAGGCAACUUUGAGCAAUCCUCUUGUACUUCAUAUUUUUUAUUUUCCUCCAAGAGUUCAGUGCUGGUUUGGGGCAUUUUGCUAUUUUACCA